AUGGCUGCACCGUCGGUCGUGCUGGGCAUCGACCUGGGCACCACGUCUGUGAAGGCGGCCGUGGUGGAGGCGGCGCCUGACGACCCAUCGGGGUUCGUGGUCUUGGCCAGCUGUGUCCGGGCCGCGCGGGCCGAGGCGGCGGCCCAGAGCGCGGCGGCCGGGCCCCAGGCGCGGGAGCAGGAUGUGAGUAGAAUCAUCCAGACCCUGAACGAGUGCCUCGCUGCUCUUCCCCGGCAGCAGCUCCGCAGAGUCCGGGGCAUCGGAGUGUCAGGACAGAUGCACGGAGUCCUGUUCUGGAAAACAGGCCACGGCUGUGAGUGGACAGAGGGAGGGGCUGCCCCAGUCUUCACACCCGGAGCUGUGAGCCACCUGGUCACGUGGCAGGAUGGUCGAUGUGGCAGUGAGUUCUUGGCUUCUCUGCCCCGGCCAGAUUCCCAUCUCAGUGUGGCCACGGGGUUCGGCUGUGCAACCAUCUUCUGGCUUUUGAAACAUAGCCCCGAGUUCCUGAAGUGCUACGACGCAGCUGGCACCAUCCAUGAUUAUGUGGUUGCCAUGCUGUGUGACUUGCCAAGACCCCUGAUGUCUGACCAGAAUGCUGCCAGCUGGGGAUAUUUCAACACCCAGAGCCAAAGCUGGAACUCGGAGAUACUGAGGGCCUCCGGCUUUCCUGUCCACCUGCUCCCCGAUAUUGCCGAGCCUGCCAGCGUGGCAGGCAGAACUGCCCAUGCGUGGUUUGAAAUCCCGAAGGGGACACCGGUGGGCGUGGCCCUGGGUGAUUUGCAGGCCUCCGUCUAUUCCUGUAUGGCCCAGAGGACAGACGCAGUUCUCAACAUCAGCACUUCGGUUCAGUUGGCAGCCUCCAUGCCGUCAGGGUUCCAGCCAGCGCAGACUCCAGACCCUGCAGCUCCGGUCGCCUACUUCCCCUACUUCGACAGGACCUACCUGGCAGUGGCAGCCUCCCUCAACGGGGGCAAUGUGCUGGCCACGUUCGUCCAGAUGCUGGUCCGGUGGACGGCGGAUCUCGGCGUGGAGGUCGAAGAAUCCACUGUGUAUUCACGCAUGAUCCAGGCAGCUGCAGAGCAGAGAGACACCUGCCUAACCAUCACGCCAACGGUGUUGGGCGAGAGGCAUCUGCCAGACCAGCUGGCCUCAGUGACCAGGAUCUCCUCCUCGGCCCUCUCGCUGGGGCAUGUGACGCGGGCGCUAUGCCGAGGCAUUGUUCAGAACCUGCACUCCAUGCUUCCCUCCCAGCAGCUCCGGGAGUGGGGCGUGGAGCGGGUGGUCAGCAGUGGGAGUGCGCUGUCCAGGAACGAGGUGCUGAAGCAGGAGGUGCAGCGGGCUUUCCCUCUCCCGGUGUCCUUCGGGCAGGAUGUGGACGCAGCCUUGGGGGCAGCACUGGUCAUGCUCCAGAGACACCGCCACCGGGAGGAGUCUUAG